CCUGCGCCGAACUUCCCGCAUGCUCAGUAGCUGAGGCAACUUGACUCUGCAGCCAGCAGAGCUAUCCCCGAGGGUAAUUACUACGCUGGGCGCUGCGGGUGACCUGUUGCUUGAUAACGCUUUUCGGGUUUUCCACCUGAAGUCUCUUUCGUCUGACUCGGUCCCAGUCUUGUCACCGGCACAUCAUGGCUUCCAGUCACACUGUGUUGAUGCGUUUGGUGGCCUCAGCAUAUUCUGUUGCUCAGAAGGCAGGAACGAUAGUCAGGCGUGUUAUUGCCGAAGGAGACCUGGGUAUCGUGGAGAAGACCUGUGCAACAGACCUGCAGACCAAGGCGGACCGAUUAGUUCAGAUGAGCAUAUGCUCUUCUUUGGCACGGAAAUUCCCCAAACUAACAAUUAUAGGGGAAGAGGAUCUGCCUCCUGAAGAUGUGGAUCAAGAGCUGAUUGAAGAUGGUCAGUGGGAGGAGAUACUGAAGCAACCAUGCCCGUCACAGUACAGCGCUAUCAAAGAGGAAGACCUUGUGGUCUGGGUUGAUCCUCUGGAUGGUACCAAGGAAUAUACUGAAGGUCUUCUUGACAAUGUGACAGUUCUUAUUGGAAUUGCUUAUGAAGGAAAAGCCAUAGCAGGAGUUAUUAACCAGCCAUAUUACAACUACCAGAACAAUGAAAAUCAGAAGUUAAGGGAACCCAGGAAUGAAGCAAAGGCAGGACCAGAUGCUGUGUUGGGGAGAACAAUCUGGGGAGUUUUAGGUUUGGGUGCCUUCGGGUUUCAGCUGAAAGAAGUGCCUGCCGGGAAACACAUUGUCACAACCACCCGGUCCCAUAACAGCCAGUUGGUGAUGGAUUGUAUUGCUGCUAUGAAACCUGAUGAUGUGCUGCGAGUGGGAGGAGCAGGAAAUAAGAUUAUUCAGCUGAUUGAAGGCAAAGCUUCUGCUUAUGUGUUUGCAAGUCCUGGAUGUAAAAAGUGGGAUACCUGUGCUCCAGAAGUCAUUUUACAUGCUGUGGGAGGCAAGUUAACUGAUAUUCAUGGAAAUGCUCUCCAGUAUAACAAGGAAGUGAAGCACAUGAACUCGGCUGGAGUCCUGGCCACACUGAGGAAUUACGACUACUAUGCAAGUCGAGUUCCCGAAUCUGUUAAAAAUGCACUUGUUCCUUGAAGGGAAAUCUCCUUGACUCAGCCAGGAGAAGUACUUGCUCCUCGAAAUAAUAUAUUUUAAAACUAAUUGGGUGGAAUUCGAGCUCCACCUUUACUUCAUUCAUUGUUGAUCACUGAUUUACAUUUGGUUACUUAGGAGUAGAAAAUUGAAUUUUUAAAUGUCUUGAUCAAUAAUCAACCAGACCAAUUUUGACAUCUGGAAAACCUGUAAAGUCAGUAUAUUUUACAUUUCUUUUCCUCCUUUUAUUUGGAGCAAUGAAAGAAAAGUUUAGCUCCAACUGGCCAUCCUGGUCCAUUGUUGAAUCAGCAUUCCUGUUUUGUAAAUCAGAUGUAUUUAGGGCACAGAACUGGUUGUUAUCUAAAUCUCAUUCUUGUCUUUCACAGUAAUGUAAAAAGUUUUCCUACUCCCAUUCUGAAUACAUUAAAAUGUCAUUAUGUAUACUGAUGAAACAGAUUUUGGAGAAAUGUUUCUUUAUAAGGAAUUAUUCAAUUCU